CGCACCCAUUGCACCUCAUCGUCGCUGUCGUCGUCGUCCACGCCGUUGUAGCACGCCCACGCCUCGUCUCCUGCCUGCAUCCCCGUCCAGCCGUCCCUAACUCUGCUCGCUUGGCGUCACUCUGGCCAAGCCCAGCACAUCGUCCACGGCGCCAGCAACCACAACAACAUCACCACCCACCCCCCUCUCACUGCCGUCCCUCCCUAGUCGGCCGCCCUGCGCCAAACUACACCCUCGAGUCACGCGAGCUGCGCGUCCAUCGUCGUCUGGCGAGCAAGAGCAAGCACGUUGCAGGAGUCCUAGCAAAGCACACGCGCAGCGCAGAGCGGCGCAGGGUCGGGCCUGUUCCCUUGCCUCGAGAGCACACUGGCGAGCUGGUAAACGCCGUCCCAUUGGGCGUGACAGAUGAUGAAGGGCUUUCGGCAGCGUGUGCUCUCGCGAGCGAAGGACCGAGAGAGUAACAAGCUCGCGAAGAAAGGCACCAAGGACAACAACGCCUCCGGCACCCAGUCUCCCGCUGGAGGUCCCUCGAACAGUCAAUCCCCCGCUGGCUCUGCUCAAGCUACGCCGACCUCAUCCACCAGCAACCUCGUCGACGGACGGAACAAGGCCCAGACCGAUGCACCCACGCAAUCCCACCCUGGCGCGCCCAUGCCUGGUCAGCCUCCGCUGAACAUGGGCGCGAAUCAGGGACAGUUCGCACAGCACGGCAAUGCCAGUGGAAACCCUUCUACCAGUGGAUCUCAUCAACAGGGUGGUCAAUCAACUCCAGGACGACUUGGUCCACUUGCUCCUAGUGUGGUAAUUUCUCCAAGCGCCCCACACAUUCCCCCACCGGGCGCCGCUGAAACCAUGCCACACGAUCUCGCGCCGCCAAAGGCUGGACAGAAGAGCUUGCUUUUCGAUCGACUGCAGGCCACUCCCAAAGACACAGUUCCAGAAGGAAUUAGGACGCCGAAACGCCAACAUUCAUCACGGUUCGACAUCUCUGAUCAAAGGCAACGCGAAUUGGAAAAGCUUCCAGGCUUCCAUGAAGUUCCACCGAAUCGCAGGCAAGAGCUAUUCAUGCAGAAGCUAGAUCAAUGUAACAUUAUAUUUGACUUCAAUGAUGCAUCGGGCGACAUGAAGAGCAAGGAAAUCAAACGGCUGGCGUUGCACGAGCUCUUGGAUUACGUUGCGCAGAACCGACAGGUCAUAUCGGAGCCCAUGUACCCCCGGGUUGUGGAGAUGUUUGCGAAGAACCUGUUUAGACCAAUACCGCCGCCAAUGAACCCUCAAGGUGAAGCCUUUGACCCCGAGGAGGACGAGCCAGUGCUCGAAGUUGCCUGGCCACAUAUACAGGUUGUCUACGAGUUCUUCCUGCGCUUCAUAGAGAGCCAAGAUUUCAACACGAACUAUGCGAAGCAGUAUAUCGAUCACAGCUUUGUAUUGCAGUUGCUCGAACUGUUCGACUCAGAGGACCCUCGCGAACGAGACUUUUUGAAGACCACGCUACACAGGAUAUACGGAAAGUUUCUCAACUUGCGAUCUUUCAUCAGACGCAGCAUCAACAACGUUUUCUUCCAGUUCAUCUACGAGACCGAGCGAUUCAAUGGAAUCGCCGAGCUACUGGAAAUCCUUGGCUCGAUCAUCAACGGCUUCGCACUGCCACUGAAGGAGGAGCACAAGCUGUUCUUGACUAGGGUUCUGAUCCCCCUUCACAAAGUCAAGAGCUUGAGCAUGUACCACCCACAGCUUGCCUAUUGUAUUGUGCAGUUUCUGGAGAAAGAUGCUGCGCUGACUGAAGAGGUUGUCUUGGGGCUGCUUCGCUACUGGCCAAAGGUGAACAGCACAAAGGAAGUCAUGUUCUUGAACGAAGUGGAGGACAUCUUCGAAGUGAUGGACCCUGCUGAAUUUGCCAAGGUGCAAGAGCCUCUUUUUAAUCAACUCGCAAAGAGUGUGGCGAGCCCUCACUUCCAGGUCGCUGAACGAGCACUCUACUUCUGGAACAACGAAUACUUCUGCAACCUGGUUAGUGACAAUGUUGAUGUCAUUCUUCCAAUAAUGUUUGCACCCUUAUACGAGAACUCCAAAGGACAUUGGAAUCGCACAAUUCACGGCAUGGUAUACAAUGCCAUGAAGCUAUUCAUGGAAGUGAACCCCCAACUGUUCGAUGAAUGCUCGCACGAAUACACGGAACAACAGAACAACGCGGAGGCAGUGAAGGCGAAUCGACAAGCGAAGUGGGAUCGAUUGACGCAACUCGCGCAAUCCAUGAAACAGAAUGAACACGCCCCAGCGGUACGACCUCCCCAAGCCAAUGGCGAGCAGCCGAAGAGCUCUACGCGUGCCGAAGAGGGAGAAACAAUCUCGAUGGAGCGGUUGCGCUUACAGGACGACGGGAGAGCUGAGAGACAUACCAAUUCGGUACGUGGAUGAGAAGCUCGAGCGUGUAUGCCCGCCAUUGCCUCAUCCCCAGCAUGUAUACUUUCCAACUUCGCCGCCCUCUUGUUUGUGUAAUUGCGACAGCCCUCUACACCCUCCACAUUCUGCAUAGCGCAUGGCGUCCUACCAUUGUUCACCGUCAUGAAGUCAUGGCAGUUGUUCUGACUGGGAUCGAUGUGUGUUUCUAGAAGCGAGGUUUUCACGGCAGCAAAAGUCGUUCGACCACUUCUUCGGGACCCUCCGCUGCCAAUACCACAGGGCGCGGAAGAUCGAGAAGUAACAGUACAAAGAGUAGUGCUGCAACAUGAGAGCACUUGCAUGGAAAAUAGCCACAGGCGGGUGGCAGCAACAAGGUCUUUUUUGGGGUUCAGAGGAAGCAGAAGUGUUCUACCUUCAAGGCGUAAAUGGGUCUGCAAAGAAGCCUCAGCAUGGCAUUUGAAAACCUAGACGGAUAGGGCUUUCACGCGAUGUAUCCUAUCAUUGUCAAACUAACAUCACU